UGGUUUUUUCCUUCUCCGUGUGAAGGUGCGGUGUGUUUCCCGCACUGCCGCUUCACUCCGCCAGAGCACUGACUGGCCUCCAUUUUCUACCAUGAGUUUCGACAAUUUAUUCGAAGAGAUCCUGAUGUCCGAACAGAAGGCUUUGGAAAAAAGACAAUACCUCCAGAGUGUCAAAUCAGAAAUUAUUAGAUGCAAUGAAAAGCUCAGGGAUGUGACAGAGCAUUUACAUAAAAACAAAACUAUUUUGGAUUCAAAGGUAAAGAAUGUUUCAGUUGAACUUUUCCAUUUGGAUCUGCUGAAGAAGCAGGAAGAUGGCUUCAAAAAGCAAAGAGAGGAGUUGGCGAAAGAAAAUAAUAUGUACUUAGAAGCGCUUCAUGAGAAGAAAAGAAAAAACGCAGAGGAAAGGGACAGAUUUGUUAGAGAAAUUUCAGAAUUCAAUGCUACAUAUGACCUCUUGAGCAAUAGAAUAAUUACAAUUGAAGUAAAUGCAAAGUCAAAAAUAUUUGACUUGGAAAUGGAAGCCAAGUAUCUGAAGAAUGAUAUGAAAAACCUUGAACAGAAAAACAUACAGUUGAAUGAUCUCCAACAACAGAAAAAUGAAUUAAAAGAAGAACUUCAACAACUCCAGAACAAAUUGCAAGGUCUUGAAGAUGAGGUUGCUGCAGUUACUUUUAAUUCAAAGCUUUUGGAAACAGAAAGAUUAAAAGUAUGUCAAAAACCUCAAACAGAUGAUGAGAUUUUACGGUUAAAGAAGGAAUUGGAAUCACACAAAAUCGAUGAUUUGGAGAGUGUUUACGAGACCCUUCGAAAAGAGAUACAGACCUUGCAAUUGAAACUAUCACAGGACAACCAUCCGCAGAAUAAGUCUCAUAUUUCAUAAUGGACUGCAUCUGAUUCUGCAAGCACUGUGAAAUGAACAAAAAACACACUGGAAGAUGCAUUGUGAAUAAUUUGAGACUCUAAAUAUGAACACAGUUUUCAAAAUUAAAUU